AUGAAGGGCUUCGUUGGCGGAAUCCCAAUUGCGCUGCUUGCAGUUGCUGCUCAGGCUAAGUUUGUUGAGCGCCAAGAGCAUGGUUUCGUGCCCCAAGCUGGCGGCACCGCCAUGGGUGGUCCUUCAGGAGAUGAUAGCGACGGCGGUUUCACCAGCCCAUACGCUGCUGAUAUCAAGACCAACACUCAAGUUAACGAGUACAGCAAAGAUGACCACCAUCUCAACUUGAAGCACACUGAUAUCUUCCCUCCUCCUCACCAUGUCCAUUUCGGACCUCCCGUGAUGGUUGAGAAGGGACCUGAAGUCCCAGGCAUGGGUCCUUUCGAGAAGCGUAGUACACCUGGCGGCACCGCCAUGGGUGGUCCAUCUGGCGACGAUGAGGGCCAGGUCUUCAACAUGCCCAUUACGGGCAUCUUCCAGACCGAGGUGAAUGACUACAACAAGGAUGACCACUCCGUUGCUGUCAAGGACACUCAUGUCCACCCUCCCCCAGUCCAUGUUGUUCACCCUCCUCCUCAGUUCCACGGACCUCCUCACGGCUUCCACGGUCGUCCCGCUGGUCCUCCUUCCGCAGCCUUCAAUGCUCCUCCCUCUACCUUUGAGAAGCGUUGGGGACCUGAGGAAGAGGGUGGUACUGCCAUGGGCGGACCCGGCGGUGGCUCUCACUCCCACCACGGCCCCGAGGGCUACGCUCACCCCCACGGUGGCACUGCCAUGGGUGGUCCGUCCGGCGAUGACGAUGGCAUCAGCUUCAGCAAGCCUGUCACUGGCCACUUCAAGACCGAUGUGAACGAGUACAGCAAGGACGACCAUUCCAUCGACCUCAAGCAUAAGGAUAUCCACCUUCCUCCCCACUUCCCUCCUUGGGGUGCUCCUUUCAAGCGUAGCUGGGGACCUGAGCACCAGAAUGGUGGCACCGCCAUGGGUGGUCCCUCUGGAGACGACGGUGGCCAGGAAUUCAAUGCUCCUAUCACCAUCGACACCGACACCGACGUUAACGAGUACAAUGAGGAUGACCACUCCAUUGAUCUCAAGCACAAGGAUAUCUAUCCCCCUCCUCCUCACUUCGGUGGCCCUGGCCCCGUCAACUUCGGUGCCCACCCUCCCUUCCGCCGUGCCUACUCUCCUAGCCGUGAGGCUGGUGGCGGCACUGCUAUGGGUGGUCCCUCCGGUGACGAUGAUGGAACUUCGUUCUCUGAUCCCACCAACGUCGAUGUGACCAGCGGUGUCAACGAGCACCACGAGGACAACCACGCCAUCAAGGGUGACUUCACUGAGGUCCACCCUGAUGUCCACCCCUACUAUGACGAGGAUGUUUACGAGGAUACCCCAUACACCUAUGAGGCUCCUCCUGCCCCAGUUGAGGCUCCCGUCGCCGAGAGCUAUCCUGCGCCCCCUCAGGGACACGCAGCUCCCCCAGCUCCCGUAGCAGAAGUUCCCGAGAGCCACGCCGAGGUUCCCCAGGCCCCCACCGAGGCUCCUGCCUCUCCCCCAGUGAUGGCUCCCGCUGCUCCUCCUGUGGCUGACACUCCUCCCCGUGAGGACCACCAGGAGUGUGCCGCCAAGGUUCACGAGGUCGUGCGUACUGUGACUAAGACGCAGUACAAGACCGUGGAGGCCACCCCUGAGUACAAGCAAGCGGCCUCCACCAGCGCCGUCCCAAUGGCCGCCGUCCCCCAGAUGUCUGCCCAGGUUGACCCAAAGGUGUUCUCCAACGCCAUUCCGGCCUCCGCUCCCGCUUCAUCUGCUGUGCGCUCUUUCGCUCCCUACUCAUACGCUUCCCAGCGUCCCAUGAGCCAGGCCGCUUCAUACUCCAUGAUCCCUGUGCACGUCCCCAUGGCCACCCCUGCCUCUUCCAACGCCAUGGCUACUCCCUCCAGCAGCAUGGCCAAGUCGAUGCCCACCGGGGUUGAUGCCUUGUCCCACGGAGCCCAGUCCUCCGCAGCUGCCUCCCCAUCUGCCUCUGCACAUGGCACCACGAUGUUCGAGGGUAGUGCAGCCCGCCUCUCUGGAGGUCUCUUCUCUGCUGCCGCCGGCGUUAUGGGUGUUCUCGCUUUCAUCCUCUAA